GAAGGGGUUGGCCAACGCGAUCGGCCGUGGGUCCAGGGGUUUUUCCCAGGGACAGCAGCUUCAAGCGUGCUGGCAGCGCGUCUAUGGGGGAGUGUAACGGGGGAGUUUGUUAGUGCCGGUGGCAGGGUGUGAGGCCAUGGAGAGGUUCUCGCUAGCGCAUGCCCGUGAGCCAAUCAUUGCAGGAGUCCGGCAGCUAUAUUCGGAUCCGGCCAGGUUGACCAAACAAGCUUUUUGGCCCAGCGGCGUGGAUGGAGUAGCGGAAGAAUGGAUGUUUUACAGUUUGGGUGCAUGUCGAACAGAGCAUUUGCUGCUUCUCGGUGAGAGGCUGCAACAGAGAUGCCGUGCCGGAGACUCGCCGCACUGCCUGGCGAGCGGUCUGGCAUUAAGAAAGUACAGUAGCGAACGGCGAAAAGGGGGAACCAAUGGCAACCGUCUCUGGAGGCUCCAGCUCCCUCAGUCCAGGAUGUUUGUUCCAAGGUUUCCAUUUAGGAAGGGAAUAGCGCGGCGAAAACACGAGCAGAGCUCCGUGGAGCACAGAUCUUCGCCAUAUAGGCCGGCUGGGUGGAGAGCCAGCAUUGAUGCUACAAGCAGUAAUUGCUCUGGCGCCACCACCCACUCACCUCCCCAAUUUUUGGGCGUUGCCAAUGUGCAGAUGAGGCAGUCCGGGUAUUGCAUCGGUGAGCUGAGACAGCGCUGGCUACGAGUUGGAGUUUGAACAUGGCGAUGGAAUGGAGGGGAAGCGGUUAUACUACCCGCUCUGUGCCAACGGUGGGACAAUGACGCUGUGCUGCACUGCUCAAGCCCACUGGCGGCAAGGAAUCCGUCUUGGCAAAGAUGCGAGGCGUAGAUCUUGAUUUCUCGCUUGGACCCUUUUCGGAUGCCACCC